CUUCAGUCGUCUCUGUGCGCCUGAUUAUUUUUACGCCGUCGAGACUGGCGGUGAAAUCCAGGUCAUCUUCACCGGAUCACCAGCCGACACGGCUCAGACUCGUGCUCUCCGUAAAUUAACAUUAACAUCUGAUUCCUCUCGUAACGGUGAGCUUGCAGUUUGAAGGAUGAGGUGGGGCACAUUCGUUAGCAUGCUGCUACGCUGAGAAGAGUUCAUCCACCCAGGACAACUAACAGCGACUCCACAAUCCCUACCUGAAGCGUCUAUCAAACACCUGCUUUAAAUCAAGCACCUGUCUGAAUAUUCACACGCUCACACAGCUAUGGCUGGCUGGCUCUGGCUGGGUGGGUAAUCGGUGUGCUGGUUGCCUUGGCAACCCCACCCUGAAUUUUGCUGAAUAGAGCCCUACUCACUCAAGACUUGUACCCCCCCUUCUACCUUUCCUCCGAGUGUAUUUGCCCUUCGUGGAGGGAGAGGGCAGUGUUCGGAGCGAGAGACAUGGACUGAUGAGGUGAGAAUGGCAGUGCGGCGGCUGUUUGGCCCUCAGGAGCCCUCAGGCACUCCGAGCCAAUAACGCGGGUACUCACACGGGCCAGGAGCAGUAUGCAGGAGGCUGACCUACCAGCUACCAAUGCUUUCACAGAGUGCAGAUUCCAGUGCACCAAUGGCAGAUGCUUGAACCUGGGCUCACAGGUAUGUGAUCAGCUCAACCAUUGUGGAGACAACAGUGAUGAGGAGCACUGCCCCCUCUCCACCCAGCAUCCUGCAUCUGCCAUCUUCAGCUCUGAACUGGAGUUUGUGCAGAUUGUGAUCAUAAUCGUCGUGAUGACUGUGAUGGUCGUGGUGGUCGUGUGCCUGCUCAACCACUAUAAACUCACCACGUGGUCGUUCCUGAGCCGGGCGAGCCAGGCACAGAGUCAAGAUCUCUCUCUGCAGCCGGAGGGAUCUUUGUGGCCAUCAGAUAAUGGGCUGAGGCAAGGGGCAUCUGAGGUGGUGUACGCUCCUCAGCCUAGGGACCGUUUUACCGCUCCCACUUUCAUGCAGCAUAAUCGCUUCAGACGUUUCCAGCCCACCUACCCGUACCUGCAACACGAGAUCGACCUGCCGCCCACCAUCUCGCUGUCAGACGGAGAGGAACCUCCGCCGUACCAGGGACCUUGCACGCUGCAGCUGAGAGACCCCGAGCAGCAACUGGAGCUCAACAGAGAGUCCGUACGCGCCCCACCCAACCGGACCAUCUUCGACAGCGACCUCAUUGACAUGCACAGUUCAGGGGGCGGCGGUGGGCCACGCCCUCCCAGUAGCAACUCUGGGAUCAGUGCCACCAAUUCCAGUAACCACGGACGCAUGGAGGGCCCCCCGCCUGCUUACAGUCAGGUGAUCGGACAGAACUCGGGCAUAGUACUUUACCUCCACCAGCACAGCAAUAACCCGCCCGUCACUUUGCAAACUCUGCCCAGGGGCCGGACAAAUCCAAGCAGCCCAGAGAGCACAAUAGCACUGAGCAUGGGCCGACAAAAGGAGUUAGUGUGAAUGGGCGGGGCAAGCACAGGAUUGGCGGACCACUCUUCAACCAUACAGAGAAAAUGGGUUCUCUGUUUUGACACUCCCAUGCACAACAGAGCUUAAUAGCAACAAACGCAAAACCAUGUUUAAAAAAACAAUGUGGAGCUGCGCUUACUAAAGCAAAAUUGAUUUUUUUUCUUUCAGAUCAGCUGUGCAAACAUCUGGAGUUUUGUUGACUUGCGCAUAGCCGACAAAUCAGAAAAAAAAUAUCUAGCACAAGACAGGCUUUUGUUGUUAUUGUUUUUUUUAUAUUUUAUCGUCGUAUCCCCUUAAACGCCCCCCUCCUGCCCAAGCCACACGUGACACGCUGGCUGUGUGGUUUUUUUGUUGUUUUUAAGACCGAGAUCUGUGCAGCAUGAACAAAAUGGUGUAAAUCCAAAUCCUAGUGCCAAGUUUAUAUGGAAGGUGUCAUGGGGCGUCGACUGUCUUAAAGACUUGUUAUACAUUUUAAUCAAAACCCUUCUGUGAAAUUGCACUAUUGUUGGUAAUCAGAGGAAUAUGGGGAAGCGCGGGGGGGUUGCGAGGGGUGACGUACGUGUUUACUGUUUGUACUGUUUGUCUUCAUAUAGAUCUGAUCAUAUGCUUCAAUGCAUGCUCUCUAUGAGAGAGAUGUGAUCUUGUCUGUCCUCAGCACAAGAAAAAAAUCUCUGAUCCAGCCUAAAAUAGCCUUUAUCUAAAUGAGGCACAGAAAACAGAGAGCCCGCUAUAGUCUCAUCGACCUUAACCGGUGACACUUUCACAGACUCGAGCUGAUCUGAGGUCAGCUGCCUGGAGGCCCAGUUGACAAUAAGCCUUUUUAAACUGUAAAGGUUUGACAUGUUAUGAGCUGUUACUCUGGGUCUGGAAUGAGAAAUUCACUGUAGCGUGUUUCAGUAUGUUGCUCAUCAGCUCUUUUUAGAUUUUUCUUAAAAUAAAAAUAAUUUAUACGUAUAUUUUAUAGCUGGAAUCUGAUUCUAACAUCAUUCAAGAGAUAGUUCACCCAAAAAUAUAUAUUCUGUCAUUUACUCACCCUCAAGUUGUUCCAAACCUGUAUAAAUGUAGUUCUGCUGAACACAAAGAUAGUUGGAAGAAUGUUUUUAACUAAACAAUUCUGGGUCACCACUGACAACUAGAGUAGGAAAACGAUGAUUUUUUGUGUGACAAUGAUUUUUGUGUGCGUGUUUAAGAGAACAAAUACGUCUGUAUAGGUUUGGAACAGUUUGAGCGUGAGCAAAUGAUGACAAACGUUUAAUUUUAAGUGAACUAUCCCUUUAAGUUUUAAAGUUACCAUUGCAUGCCUUUUGCACUUUUGUCUGUAAGUAACAACUGUAAAAUCAGACACCCAUAAAGGUAUCCAGCGUUGUACUGUUGUGAAUUUCAUUUGAUUUCUUUGCUUUUAUUUCAGUCUCCAUUUCAAGCUGCCACGUCUAGUACACGGUUCAGUGUGAUGAACCCCUUUGCAUCCUCCAUCAUCUGGUACCCAAUGAAAAGUAAUCAGGUUUCAGAAUAUGGUAGUCAAGGGCUAAUGUUACGAGCAUCCAUUUUUACCCAGCAAUCCUCUGUUGCGUUUAAUCUCCCCUUGUCGCCCAGUCAGAAUGAACUCUCAACCCUGACACCACCUUUGUUUUUCCUGUCCAUGUGUUGACCCUCUCAUUCCCACCCAAACACUUCUGAGCAGAAAUCUGCAUUCAGUUUAACCUUGAUCACAAUCAUUUAGGCCCAGAUGAAUAAUGUUGCUCUAAACCAAGAGCUCUUGAAUCUGGUCCAAAGGUUGAGAGAAUCUUGAAGAAACCCCAAAGACUCUUAACAGUUAGUGCACACAAACCCUUUAAUAAGGAGACUGAAGACUGAGCCCCUGCUUUUAGUCACCGCAUAGCCUGUCAAGGACAGAUGGACUUGUGGCCAUGGAGAUUUUUAUACUCUUACGUGUGUUUACCUGGGAGUCAUGGUCAAACAUUUUUCAAAAGCAACACAUCCACCGUUAUAAGCUACUCUGUACGCAGAAUGUUAGAGUCAGCCAAUCGAAAUGUGUUUUUUUUUUAUGUGUGCGUCUGUGUUAGUUGGCUUUGUUUUUUUCUGCCGUUGUUGGGGUUUUGUUUUCAUCUGUCAUAUGGACCCCCGUGAUAUAAACCAGACUGAACAAAUCGAAAAUCUACAUUAGGAUUUAUAGAAUCUCAACAGAUAGAUUAAAGGGACAGUUCACACUAAAAAAUCUGUCAUCAUUUAACCACCCUCAAGUUCCCAAUCUGUAUGUAUUUAUUUGUUUUAAUGAAUAAAGAGAGCGAUAUUUGGAAGAAUGUAGGAAAGCAAACAGUUCUUGGCCACCACUGACUACCAUAGUAGGAAAAAUUGACAAUGGUAGUCAAUAGUGCCCCAGAACUGUUUGCUUUCCUACAUUCUUCAGAAUAUCUUCUUUUGCAUUCAACAAAGCAUAGAAAUGUAUAAGCAUUUUUUCAACAAUGUUAGUUAACGGUAUCCAAGAACUGUUUGGUAACAAACAUUCUUCCAAAUAUCUUUCUGUUCAGCAGAACGAAGGAAUUUGGAGAAUGUUUGGGUGAACUGUUCCUUAAAGAUGCUGGAACGGUGUAUGAAUGGUCUUGUCAAGCACAGACAACGUAACUUCUUUAGAGGUUAAAUGAACAUGGCGCAAAACGAGCACAAUGUCCAAUUUAAGAGCCCCGUUCCUGUUACGUGUCCCUCUGUCCUCAUUCUCUCGCAGAGCUCAACGUUCCAUUUAUCAGUUUGCUGCUUCCGCUUUUGCUGCUGUUAUGCUGCUUCUUCAUCCGCUGCACUUUUAUGUUUCACCUUUCUAUCUGUUCACCAUCCCGCGUUAACACUUCCCUUUGUUGUCUGGUUUUCAUUCGUCUCUUUGAAAGCGCUUGUUCUCGGCUGUUUUCCGCUGUCCAUGGAGUUUGCAUGUUACUCGCAAGCUGAACCGGUGCCUAUUUGAUCGUGUUGUUUUCGAGCGACGUAGGAACCCACUUGCACUCUAAAAGUUCCCACCUUAGCCGUGCCUCACUUCCAAUGGUGCUUUCUUCUUCUGUGUGAUGUUUUUUUAAACCUUUUAUUUGUAAGGUGCUGUAAAUAAAGUCAGUCUGUAUGCACAUAUCCUACCCAAUGGGUAGACACCAGAGAAAAAAAGACAUUGUUAAUAAUGUAACAAUUUGUAAUUGAUGAAGAUUUUAACACGGUGGCAAGAUUUGUAAAUGCCUGCGGUUCAAAUGUGCUGUUUUUCAGAAAGACACUUAUGAAAAUACUAAACUACAGAGUACUUCUUAGAUUUUUGAGUAACAUCCUGCUACAGUAUGAAAGAAACGGAUGUUCUGCGACAACCAAGAAAUAUUUAGAUGUGCUUUUAACACUGCCCCAACUAUAUGUGACACACACAUCCUUGAUAGGAAAAACAGUGUAGUUAAGUUACAAGUUAACAAAGUAAAUUACAAAACUGGAAUCCACGGAUAAUAGAAUCGUUGACCACCAAACGGUGCCAGACUCCCACUCACGGACAAAAAACACUGAGGGCUUGUGAUAAAACAUGUUCAUUUUAAUCCCAACAGAUACAUGGUUUUUGUCAUGCAACCCUGUGUUGUGCUUCCUGUCUGCAAAGUUUAAUAAUGAACCAAAUGAGAGAUGUAGUUUUAACAUUCUUAUUUUUGUUAUAUAUUUCAGACAUUCUCGUGUAUGUGGUGUAUAGGAGCAAAAAAUGAUUUUAAUUGCAGAUAUUUAUGUGCCGGUGCUCCACUGUACAGUAGCUUGUAUUCGCAUGUCUAUAGUUAUAUAAUGUACAUAGCAAUGCCAUUUUGACUACAAGCACCUGACUAACAGCAGUUGGUGACAUUUUGAGAAAUGUACAAUGUACUAAGAAGCUUUUAGAGCUACAAAAAAAGCUUUUUUCUUGCACAAACGCGGAGAACUAAUAACUGAAAUGGUUUAGAUGUAAUUUACUCUGACGCUUAUCAUGUGAAAAGCUUCUGAGUGUAGCCAUUCAGAACUACACAGAGCAACACAUCAUCACCGACCUUUAUUUUAUACUGAAUAUCUCCCUGAGUUUAUGUUACUCUGUAUGUUCAUGUGUGUGCAUACUUUUCGAUACAUGCACAUGUACAUACUCACACUUUAAUACUGUAUUUUGUUUUAUUUAAACCAUUGUGAUGUAACUAAUGGGUUUUAAGCCUAAGGUCUGUUACUGCAAUGCUGUUUUUCCGAAAAAAUGUAAUCGAUACGUUGCUCUAAAUUACUGUUAUAGACAAACUUUUAUGCUUGUACUUCUGCUGUUGUCAAACUGCAGUAAAACUAAUAAACUAAAAUGUACCAGUU